UUCUCUUUCUCUUUUAUCAACUUGUUUUCUUCUCUCUCUCUUACCGUAGUAUUUAAUUUAAAUUAUACAAAUCUAAUCCCAUUUGAUUAACUAGAUUAUUCAUUUCACGUAAAUAAAUAAAAAAUUAAAAUUAAGACAGAGAGAGAAAAACAAACGCGGCUGCUGUAUUCACCAAAAACAGAGACACGGUGAGAGAGAGAGAGAGGGACAAACUCUGUGUUGAUCGAUCUCAACUCCACAAUAACGAGAUUCAAUUCAAAGUUUCUCAGAAUUCAAACACAAAACUUAUUUUUUAAUUAUUAUUAUUUUUAAUUUUCGUUUUUGUGCUUCCCUGUUCUAAUUCUCGGAGGUUGUCGCUUUAAUUCUCGUUCCGAGCUGUUUUUGAGCUUGUGAUUCUACGCGAGCUUGCGAGAUCGUGUAGAAUUUUCAUUCUUAAGCUUCUGGCUGACUGUUUUGGUGGAAGUUUUUGAGGUGGAAGAGAAGGUUGGGAUUUUAAUGGAAGGUUCUCAAUGCAGAGGUUUAAGUUUGGGGGUUUGAUUUUGGUGUAUUCUGGUUUACUUGGAUGAUUUCUGCUGGAGGUAGGGAUGCGAGAAAGGGGUUAGGUUUAGGGUUAGAGCUUGGAUUAGGAGCUGGGAGGAGAGAGAUGGUGGAGUCUGAGCUUGAAGAAGGUGAAGCAUGCUCAUAUCAGAACCAUGAAGAUUAUGACGCCACCGUUGAUCCCGAUGUUGCUCUCUCUUACAUUGAUGAAAAAAUCCAAGAUGUUCUGGGACACUUUCAGAAAGAUUUUGAAGGCGGGGUGUCUGCAGAAAAUUUGGGAGCAAAAUUUGGUGGUUAUGGAUCAUUUUUGCCAACCCAUCACCGUUCACCAGUUUGGUCUCAUCCAAGGACUCCACAAAAAGUUCACAGUCAAAAUACACCCAGAUCUCCUAAUAUUGUGCAACUUGAGAGUGGGCAAGGGGAUUCUGUACAAUUUUCAACUGGAGCUCAGUCCUCAAGAUUUGGCCCAGGUUCUGCUACCUCCUCAAGGCUGCCUGCAGUUAAGGCACCCUCUGUAGACGAUGUAACCAAUCAAGAAAAGUGCAUAUCAGUCAUUGGUGCUGAGGCACUCACUUCUAAGUGUGACUCCCUAAACAUGAAUGCAACUAGCAUAGCAGACCAGAAGGUACUGAAGGUUCGAAUAAAAAUGGGGCCUGGAAAUUUGACAACACGUAAAAAUGCUGCGAUAUACAGUGGACUCGGUCUUGAUAUGUCACCAACAUCGUCAUUGGAUGACAGUCCCUCAGAAAGCGAAGGAAUUUCGCGUGGUCCUCAAGAUGCUCCCUUUGAAUCUCCUACAAGUAUCCUUCAGGUUAUGACAGUUCUCCCUAUGUUUUUGUCACCUCUUCCUAAUGAUCUCAUUGAAUUAACCGAAAAUGAAGUACAUACUCGAGAUGGUAUUCGUCGUACUUUUCUUAUGGAUGGACCAGAAGGUUCUGGCAUGCUGCUACAUGAGUCUUACAUGGCAAAAGGUGACAGAAAAUUGUCAGGUGGGAAAAAGGUGAAGUCUUUGGAGGGUCAUGAGUCCUCAGUGGAAGUCAAGGGUAGCAAUAAGAAGAAUACUCGGAAUGAUCUUGGAGCUCUUUCAACAAAGGAACAAGGUAGAAAUGCAUUGAACAUGGAGGAGUUAGUUUCACAAACCUUGAAGCUACCACUUUUAUCCCGUGAUGAUUUGGUAAAGGAUGUUGAUGGACCAUGUAAUUCAUUGACCGAAACCAAAAAAGGUAUAAUGAGGGAGAAAACCGCUUCCGAUCUGGCAGAAAAGGAAUGGGUGGAGCCAACAUUGGAUGGAGUGAAUGGUUUUGCUGAGAGGGCAAAGGGAGGUGCAGGGAGAAAAUUUGUGGGAGGGAAGGUUUCUGAGGACAACUCAUCAUUUUAUGCACCAAAGGACAUUCCUCUUGGCGAUAAAAUUUGUGACUCAGGAAUAACUGAAUCUAAUGUCUCCAAAGUUACGACAGCAUCAAGCACUGAAUUUACAGAACCUCCUAAGAAGGCUUAUCAAAGAAACAGUCUGCGUGAACAAGACAGUAUAACAUUACCUGUUGUGAAAGAACAUCCAUUCCCUGUGGGAAAGAAGAAGUCAAAGGGAAGUAAUAGCACUGUGGCUAUAGAGAAGGAGAAAGAAAACUUGAAGACUGGAUCCCCAUUGGUUACUAAACUGAAAAAGAGUUCUGAAGAUAGUUCAGCAUCAAAAAGUGAAACUGAAGAUGUCAGAGUACAGAAGGGUCUUUUAAAGCCUAGAGAUACUUAUAAAGAUUUCUUUGGGGAAUUGGAAGAAGAGGACAGAAUGGAUUCAACGGAAACCCCUAAGGAGGCUAAACUGAAGGACUCUGAGGUGGCUCAGAGGAGCAUGUCUACAAUCAAUUGUGGAGCAAAGGAGAGAUCAGCUGAUAAGAAAGUUGAUAAACCAUUAACAGCUGAAGUAUACCCCAAAAUGGCCACAAAUAUCUGGUACACCGGAAAUGGACAUGGUACUGAUGCUGAGAAUGAGAAUGUGAAAGGAGUUUCUGUCAUUAUGGCUCCUGUUGAUACAGAAGAUCAUUGGGUACUAUGUGACAGGUGUCACAAAUGGCGUCUUCUUCCUGUUGGCACAAAUCCUGAUAGCCUACCUGAAAAGUGGCUCUGUAGUAUGCUUGAUUGGCUGCCUGACAUGAAUCGCUGUAGUUUUACUGAGGAUGAAACCACAAAAGCUGUGAUUGCAUUAUACCAAGUGCCUCCUCCUGAUGGUAAAAGCAACCUGCAAAAUGUCUCUGGGAGUGUUAUGGUCGGAGGUACUGUGGCAACUGUUCAGCAUCCUGAUCAACACCAGCCAAAUAAUGAUCUUAAUGGCAUGCCUGUGGGGAAGAAAAAAGUUGUGAAGGAUUCAUCAAAUUAUGAAAAUAAAGAUGGCUUUUCUCAAUUGUCAUCUUCUAUAAAGAAAAAUUUGCCAUCAUCAGUGAGAAGUAGGAGCUUAAAUGAAGUGCACAAAUCUCCUGUUGUCAGUGAGGCUGAUGUUCCAGGGGAGAAACACAAAAAUAAGCAGAAGUUGGAGAACAAUUCUGAUGGAGGUGAUACAAAGAAUAUGAAAGUGAAAAGCCGGAGGGAUCCUGAUCAAGAUUGUUCUAGGCCAACCAAGAAAGUUAAGACUGACAAGAUACGUUCUACUGAUGAAGAAUGGAUUGCUGGACAGAGUGGGACUACUAGGAAGGUGAGCCAUGGCUCUAAUAGCAGCUUUCCAACUACUUCAGUUGGUAAAGAUCGAUCUAAACAGAAAGACCGCUCUUCUUCGAGGGACUCCAAAUCCGAAAAAGACAGGCUGCAAAUUUCUGCUGAGAACACAAAAGAUAGGGGACAUGGAUUCUUGGACGAAGCAUCCCUGGAUUUAGGGAACUGUGAUGCUGUUGACAGUGUUAAAAAGAGGAAACUGAAGGAGUAUCAGGAUGCUCAAACAUGUAGUACAGGGAAUCCCCACCUUCAGGGGAGCAGAUUUUCUGCACAGGAGUUCAGUGAUUCAAGGAAGGAAAAGAAGACAAGAAAUUCAAAAUCUGAAGGAAGAGAAUCAAGUAGCAGUAAAGGCAGUGUUCGAACUGACAAAAGAGUUGGUCAUAUGAAAAACCAUAAAUUCAGGCAAAAUCCUGGGAGUUCACAUGUGAGCUUGGAUGUAAUGGACAGUUUAAAAAGGGACGUGGGAUCAGUGCAGGCUUCUGUAGCCACCACUUCCAGUUCUUCUAAGGUUUCUGGCUCACAUAAAACCAAAGCCAGCUUGCAGGAAGUGAAAGGCUCACCUGUGGAAUCAGUUUCUUCAUCGCCUAUGAGAGUUUUAUAUACAGAUAAAUUUCCAACCAGGGAAGUUGCGGGGAAAGAUGAGUCUCAUGAUACUGCCGUUGUGGAUAGUCCAAGAAGAUUCUCAGAUGCUGAAGAGGGUGGAAGUGAUCGAUCUGGAGCAGCUAGGAAGGACAAAUCUUUCACAAUGGUCCAUAAGUCUGAUUUUCAGAAUAAGGGUGUUAAUCAUACAUCAGUUGCUAAACCUAAAGCUCAAAUAACUGGCCAUCAUACCAAUAGUGGUGUGGGCACUGUUUCUCAAGAUGGUACUUAUCCUAUUAAAGAGCAGAUCAAGAAUCAAUGUGAAGACAGGACUGAUACAUAUUGUGCUAAUGUGUCUAGAAUCCUGAAGAACAAUGCUGAAUCAGAUGUGAAGGGCAACAAGGAGAGCUGUAAGUCAGAAAAUCCUGCAGAAACUGUCAAGAAUACUAGUACUCCUAUUCAGCCACUAGACAAGUCUCCUUUAUCCGAGGCAAAACAAAAUGAUGGCAAAGUUAAGUCGCAAGAGAGGUCUGGGUUCAAGCCUGAUCAAAGUGAGAAUAUACAUGCUGGCAAGAAAGAUCUUUCAGGGAAAAGUGAGAGUAGCAAAAAAGAGAGUCAUUUCAAUAAGGGGCUCGACUUUCAAGAAGUUGGUACAGAUGCCGUAAACAAAAAGGAGGCACUAAAUACUCCAAGUCAGUUGCCAGACUGUCAUGCUGAAACAUCUUCAAAGAGGCCUCUUUCAGAAAGAACAGAUAAAGAAGUAAUUGGAAAAGGGAAGUCUUUGUCAUUGUUGCCCUCUGGAGGAGCUCAAGUUGAGCCAUCAAGUAAUUGCCCACGACCAGUUGUUGGUUUCCUUAAAGGAAAUGGAGAUGUGAAAGUUGAGCCUUCCAAAGUUGAUGAUGCAUCUAAGUUGCCGAAAAAGCAAAUAAAAAAAUCUGAUAAUCAAAAUGGAACUCAGCAAAUUGGUUCAAGAAAUCCUGUACCUAAUGGACACAGAUCUAAGGAGCUUGAUGCCCCUAGUCCAAUUAGAAGGGAUACUCAUGCUGCUACCAAUGCUUUGAAAGAAGCUAAAGAUCUUAAGCAUUUGGCUGAUCGUCUUAAGAAUGCUGGAUCCACACUGGAGGGCACUAGUCUCUACUUCCAGGCAGCCCUCAAGUUUCUUCUUGGAGCCUCUCUGUUAGAAUCUGGCAACAAUGACCAUGCUAAACACAGUGAUGUAAUCCAAUCACUUCAAAUAUAUAGCAGCACAGCAAAAUUAUGCGAGUUUUGUGCCCAUGAAUAUGAGAAAUCAAAAGAUAUGGCUUCAGCUGCUUUGGCCUACAAGUGCAUGGAGGUGGCAUACAUGAGGGUUAUAUAUUCUUCACACAGUAGUGCAAGCAGAGAUCGACAUGAGCUCCAGACAGCUCUACAAAUGGUUCCUUUAGGUGAGUCUCCUUCAUCAUCUGCCUCUGAUGUUGACAAUGUUAACAACACUACAGCAGCUGAUAAGGUUGCCUUAUCCAAGAGUGUAAAUUCGCCCCAAGUUGCUGGGAACCAUGUUAUUGCUGCACGAAAUCGUCCAAAUUUUGUGCGGCUGCUCAACUUUGCUCAGGAUGUUAAUUUUGCCAUGGAAGCCUCUAGGAAAUCAUGGAAUGCUUUUGCAGCUGCUAAUUCUAGUCCAGGCAUGGACAAGAAAGCAGGAGGUAUCUGCUCUAUUAAGAAGGCUCUUGAUUUUAGCUUUCAAGAUGUGGAGGGUUUGCUACGUUUGGUACGGAUUGCCGUGGAAGCCAACAAUCGUUGAGGGUCAAGUUAAUUAUGAAAUUGUGGGCCAUGACAAGUGCGUUUCUUGAUCAUGUUUAGAACCUUCACUGUGCAGAGAUCAUCUAAAACCCAAUUAUGAUGGGGAAAGGCUAUGUUGAAUCUCAAAGCAUUCUUGCCAACUCGUGAAGCUAGUGUUGUAUAUAGAUCUGUUGCCAUACACAGUGAAAGGGAAGUGUCAAUUUACGGUCAGGGGAAUUCAGCUGCUUUUUGUCGUGUUCAAGAAUGGAAGCUUUGGUAAACCCUGAGAUACUGUGGUGGCUUUGGGAUUCAGAAGUCAGGUGCUGUAAAGCCGAUCUUUAGAUGCUUUGAUGUGUCAAAUGAUGCUACAUAUAGGCAGACGUGGCAAUUUGAAAUUAGUUGCCUUCGUUUGUUCUGUUCUCAUUCCGGAGGAAUUCUUAUUUCUUCAAUAUGUACAUAUGUAAAGUUAUAAGUGCUGGAGAGAGAUUUAUGGGUUCGUCGAUUAACUGUGAUUAUCCUUCUACUGUUGGGAACUGCACUUUAUCCUCUUUGUCCAGUCUCUCUACAGGAAUUAAAGUCAAACAGAGUCUGACUAAAGUUAUCUUGUACAAAUUUGGGAUUAGUCAUAGAACUAUAUUGUUUACUCUUCUUGUUGGUAUAGAACAAGCAGAAAAUAGAAAAGGUGCGAUGUACAGCAAGAAUUUUCAGCAGGUGAUGUGUUCUCAAUGGUUUCCAUGAGAGAACCAGAACCAGGAGGGUCUAGUAAUGUGCAAGAGCCCAAGAGAGUAAGGAAGCUGUUAGGGUAGACUCGAGACUACCAUCAUGUACUCAUAACAAUCACCUACAACACACCUUAUCCCAUAUGGUAGUCUCGAGUCCGCCCUGGCAGCUUCCUUACUCUCUUGGGCUCCUACACAGUACUGGACCCUCCUGUUUCUGGUUCUCUCAUGGGCUCUUUUGGCUGUGUUCGCAUCAGUUUGUCAACUUAUACAAGUGCUUCUGAUCAUGUGAAAUUAUUUUGUUGUAAGUAAGUGGAUGUCAAGGCUCUCUGACUCUUGAUUAUAUUUCAUCUCUCCUUGAAUAAAUAUUAGAGGAUCAAGUUAGGCAUUGUGCAAGCUGGUUGCUGCCUUUUGCAGAAUCUGACAGGUUAAGCAACUGAUGCAAACUUCAGAUGAAGCUACAAUUUAGUUGGCCAACUCUGUAACUGUCCGAAAGCUACCUUAGUGCAGAAUUUUCCUCCCUUGUAAUCUACACAGAAUAAAUGAGAGUAGCAACCAGCAAGUGUAGGGCACUUGCACUCCCUUCCCUCCCUCCUCUGUUGGAAGGGCCUGGGACAGUUUCGGGCAUUCAAUAUUGAAUUUUGACACUACCAGAUUGCCUGCUCUGAUUUUUAAUGUACAGAGCUAGCUAUAAUAAUAUUCUUUGCCCGUUUGGUUCGCCUUGUCUGAUCAAAAUGAGAAGAGAGUCAAAUAUUGGGGAGUGUAAGAUAUCUACAACUUCCCCAUAAUUAUUGUAUAUUCUAGUGAGCAGAUAGUGUGACAAAAUAUUAUCUUAAUUUGUAUCAAGUUUAUUUGGAAAUAAAGUUUAAUUUUCCUUUCAA